AUGUUCUCCGUCUGCGUCCUGAUGUGGAUCAGUAUUCCUGCUAUAUACAGGACCGUGCUGACUGAAGGACACACUGACCUUCAGCAAGGUGAUGAAUCUUAUAUUGAGGUUCAGGACUGGUUGUUGGACUACACGGGCCUGCAUCUGGCAAACCAGCAAGCUAAAGGACAUCAGGCUUUGAAUUUCAAAACCAGAAAACUGAGGAAGAUGUUCGGCUGGGGAGACUUCCACUGCAGCGUCAAAUCUGCCUCGCUGGACCUUCUUAUCAAGGGCAAGAUCGUGGACCACGGAAACGGGACGUUCAGCAUCCACUUCCUGUGUAACAGCACCGGAGUCGGGAACAUCACCAUCGGAUUGGCGCCGUCCAGCAAGACGGUGGAGUUCGGGUCGAGUCAGGAAGAGGUGAAGGACUCGGUGGAGUCAAAGCUGUUUAACUGCAGGGUGGAGUCGGAGAAGGUGGAGCAGAGCAAGAGGGGAGUUCGGUGCAGCUACGAUUCGUCACAGAGCUGCGAGCAUCAACACACUCAGAGUCACGUCGCGUGGCUGUGCUCCAAACCGUUCAAGGUCAUCUGCGUGUACGUGUCCUUCCGCAGCAUGGAAUACAACCUGCUGCAGAAGGUCUGUCCAGAUUAUAACUCCCACAGCGACGCUCCGUACUUCCGUUCUGGAUGA